AUGCCUGGCUUUAUUCGAACAAACGAGCCAGACAGGGCUACGGCGCUUGAUCGCCAUUUGCCAAUUCAACCGCCUGCAGAUAUCAUUUCAGAAUCUGAGUACUUUGAGCAUACCAAACCGCCGGAGUACCUGCCAAAGAUCGAGCAGCAGGUGGACGAAUUUGUCAAUCGUCAUAACGGUAAACGGCGCAUUGCCGUUGUGACCAGUGGUGGCACGACUGUUCCACUUGAAAACAAUACAGUGCGUUUCAUUGACAACUUUAGCGCUGGCACUCGUGGUGCCACUUCUACGGAGCAAUUCCUCGAAAACGGGUACGCGGUCAUUUUCUUGCACCGUGAGUUCUCUUUGCUGCCGUAUUCUCGCCAUUACUCUCACACAACCAACUGUUUUCUUGAUUUUAUGGAAGAAGAUGAAAACGGAAAGGUUGUUGUGAGAGAAACCUACCAGAAAAAUAUGGCUGAGACUUUGAAAAAGUACCGCCAUGCCAAAGACAAGGGUCUCUUGCUUUUAGUACCUUUCACCACGGUCAAUCAAUACCUGUACACUCUGAGAUUGCUAGCUCGAGAGCUGAAACCUGCGGAGCCCUCCAAAGUUCUAUUCUACCUGGCGGCUGCUGUUUCGGACUUUUUCGUUCCGUCCUCCCGCAUUGCCGAGCACAAGAUCCAAAGUACUGGAACAGGGAAACUUGUUAUCGAUCUGGACCCAGUGCCCAAAUUCUUACGUCGUCUCGUUGAAACUUGGAUCCCUGGCGCCAUGAUCAUUUCAUUCAAACUUGAGACUGAUGAGAAACUACUGCUCUCCAAGUGCCGCCAAGCAUUGCAACGCUACGGGCACCAAUUAGUUAUUGGCAAUCUGCUGCAGACCAGAAAGCAUGAGGUUGUGUUCGUUACCGAGAAAGAUGCCGUCCCAGUGCGGCUGAGCCAAGAUCAAAUCGACGAUGCCGUCGAAAUUGAGUCUGUAUUCAUCCCGAAAGUUAUCCAUCGCCACUCGGAUUAUAUUGACAGCAAGGUCCAGGAGUUACAGCCCCUAAGAGAGAAGCUUGACAAGAUGCGUCGUGAGAACGAGGAGCUCAGGCAGCUGGUUGAGAGCUUGCAGAAAAGCGAGGUUUCAAGUCCAUAG